CAAAUCAAAACCCUUAUGAAAGCGAAGCAAGUCUGAACUCUCAUGAAAGUGAAGCAAGUCUGAACCUCCAUGAAAGCAAAACAAAUCAGAACCCCCAUAAAAGCAAAGCAAAUCAGAAUUCCCAUGAAAGCGAAGCAACAAAACAAAUCAGAACCCUUAUGAAAGCAAAA